UGAGGUGAGGUGAGUGAGGAAGGAGUGUGGGUGUUUCCCCUGGACCUCUCCUAAUCUGGACCCCCACCAUGCCCUAGCCCCAUCACUGCUCUGGCUGGGGCCCAGAAUCAGCCCCCCCCAAAUCCUUGGGGAGUCAAUGGGGCUCUGUUUUGUCCCAAAUCCUGUGGAGAGAACCAACCCAUCACUCCCAGGCCACAGUGGGACCUGCCUCACUGCUGUCUGUGGAAGCCCCCAGGCCUGGGCCCACUUUGGCCUGGCCUCCCGGGUGUGGGGCUGGGGUGUUUGGGCUGAGAUCUCCAAGAGCUGGAGGAAAACCUUGCCCCCUCCCCCCAAUCCCCAUGCAGGGUUCCUGUGCCUGCGCUCUGAGAAUGUCCUGGUCUUUGUCCUGGGCAUCACCAUCCUGGGUGUGUGCCACUACACGCUCACUGUCAAGGGCAGCCACCUGGCCACUCACGGCGCCCUCACCGAAUCCAAACGCUGGAGCAAGAUCUGGGCAUUUUUCUUUGUGGAGGUAUGCACGGCCUUCCCUGCAGAGUACGCCAAGUAUGGACACGUCAAGAUACACCAUGGCUACACCAACGUGCUGGGCCUGGGGGACUCGAGCACGUGGCGGCUGCCUAGCCUCAACCGCUACGUCUACAUGUUCCUUGCGCCUCUCUUGAUCCCUAUAAUAACCCCACUGGUGGCUGUUGAGCGGCUGAGUAACGUGGAGCGUAGGACGGCUCUGCGGACGCUGGGCCUGAUUUCCCUGGGCCUUUAUUCUCACUACUGGCUGCUCUUGAACGUGUCUGGCUUCAAGAGCCCCAGCUCAGCCCUGGUCUGCAUGCUCAUCACCAGAUCCCUGCUGGCCCACCCUUUCCUCCAUGUCAACAUCUUCCAGCACAUCGGGCUCCCCAUGUUCUCCCGGGACAAGAAGCCCCGACGGAUUCACAUGAUGAGCCUGGGCGUGCUUAACCUGCCCCGGCUGCCCGUGCUGGACUGGGCGUUCGGCCACUCCAUCAUCAGCUGCCACGUGGAGCACCACUUCUUCCCCAGGCUCUCUGACAACAUGUGCCUGAAGGUGAAGCCUGUGGUGUCCCAGUUCCUCCAUGAGAAGCAGCUGCCUUACAACGAGGACACCUACCUGGCUCGCUUCCGGCUGUUCCUCAGUCAGUAUGAGGAGUUCAUGGUGCGGGCCCCUCCGAUCACCGAGCUGGUGGGGCUGCAAUGAAGGCCGGCUCAGCACAGGCACCCUGCUCCCCUUCCCAGGCCCAACCCUGGCUGUCCUGCUCCCACUUGCCAUCCCCGGGGCUGGGAAGGUGCAGGCCCUUCCCCAGUGGGUGUGGCUGGGCUGCGGGUGGUGGACCUGAAGCGUGGGGGCACUGGGUGGGCAGUGAGGCAGGGAUCUCCUGCUGGGGGCCCUGGGGGUCACCUGCCCUGCUUGCUUUUCUGGGUUGCGAGGGCUCUCUGCAGGAAAAGAAUAAAGGUGGCUGGACAUUCGGGGCAGUCUGGCCAACUUCAUCUCAGGACUGAACAGCUGGAUUCCUCCCCUGCCAUGCCUGAGCCUUGGGAGGGCUAAAGGAGGGUGACAAUGAGGGCAGGCCCUGUGCAGGGGCCAGGCUAGGAGGGGGCGCGGAGAGAGCAGGGUCAGCCCUUGGCGAGGGCCUCCCGAAUGCCAGGAGAGCCGUACACUUAGUUGGUUACUGUUUCUUCCGGUGCCCUCGGAGGCCCUGUCCCCUAAGGAACUCUCUCCCCAGGGACCACAAGGGGAAGGCUACCUUUGGCAGACCUUCCUAGUUUCCCAGCCAGAGAAGCCUGUGCAAGACACUCAGCCUGGCUCAGCAGCUCC